GGCUGUAACCCUGAACCUGUCGUUGUUUUGGAAACCCUCGAAAAUCGCUGUAAAAAGUGGGAAAUGCUUAACAUUUUCGGCGUUUUACGUGCGUGGUAAGAACAAACCCAGCUCCCGUCGGCGUGGUCACGAAAUAAACACACAAAAAAGCAUUUUUGUCGCCGCCGGAGGAAGUUUUGUGUCGCGUGCCUCCCCGGCCUCCCCGGCCUCCUCCUCGUGUUUGUCAAGCGCGCACACGAUUUUUGCACAAGCAACCUUUGACGGAAAAAAGAACUUUUUGCAAUUUUCCCCUCGUGGUGACGGAAUUUCUGGAAAGAAAGAGCCACAGAGCAGAGUGUGAAGGGCGUGCAGGAUGGGCCUAUUAGAACAACUGCAGGAGCAAGGAUGGUACAUCACGGAGCCGGGACUGACGAAAUUGUUGGAAACGGGAGGUGACAAGAACGGGCCGGUGGCGAACCCGGACGUGAAGCAAGUGGUGAAAAUAGCGCUAAAUACGGAUCUUAAGGAAUUUGGUGGCGGUGCGCUAGCCUCGCUGGCAACGCGUGGCACCAAGGUAGAGAGCUUCGAUGGUAGCGGUGUCGUACAGCUCGUCAAGCUGCGUAACCUAGGUGCACCGAAGGUGAACGAAGAAUCCAAGGUGGCGCCUCGCCUACUGAAACUCACCAUCACCGACGGUCAAACGCAGUACGUGGCGCUUGAACACGAGCAUAUACCAGCCCUCAGCCUAAACACGCCUCCCGGUACCAAGCUGCUGCUAAAGAACGGACCAAUCCGUAUCGUAGCCGGCGUGCUGAUGCUGAGCGACAAAAACAUCACCGUACUCGGUGGCAACGUUACGGCGUUGGUUGAAAAAUGGGAGCUCAGCCGUACGAUGGCCAAGUACGCCAAGGGUGGUCGGUUGCAGUUCAGCACCUCCGGACCACCACCAUGGAUACCGUUCGGACAGAAGAUCCAGCAGCUACCAGCCGGUGUCAACGAUAAGGACUUCAAGAGCCUGCAGACGAAGGAGAAGGAAGAAUCGAAGGAAAACAGCGAGUUCAAUGCCCAGCGGAAUGAUGCGAUAGCCGAGGCCACGAAGCUGGGCACGAAGAAAACGUUCGGCGGUGGCAGCAAGCAAAUGGUCGAUGCUAAUGUGCAGAAGAUUAUGGACAAGGGCUUUACCGAAGAGCAAGCCAAUCAUGCCCUGAAACUAACCCGCAACAAUGUCCAGCGUGCGCUGAGCAAUUUGCAGCGAAUAGAGGACCGAAAGCAACAGCAUGCGGCUUCGCAAAGCGAUGGUGACUAUGGUGGUGGUGGUGCUAGUGCUGGUGCGAAAUUCGACUCUGGAUUCAAAGCAGGCGGUGGACGACGUGGUGCUAGCAAACGGGAAGCGGCCGAGUUGGAACUGCUAGCGAAACCAACAGGCAAAGUAUCGCUAUCCGACUUUCUCGGCGAUAUACUGACGGAUAGUGAACCACCAGCGACGGUAGCGGCCACGGCAAGCGUUUCGGGAGGCAGCAAGAAGUCUAGCAAGGAAUCGACACCCAAUGAUAGUCAUCGUGCGGGAGGUCGUGGAACUGAAAGUAAUAGUCGCCCGGAAACAAACCAUCGUGGUGGCAAUAGAAACAAUCGACAGGAAAGCUCUCAAAACCGACAAACUGCCAAUGGAACGGCGAGCACCGGUGGGAACCGCAAUGCCAACUCGGACGCCAACAUGUACACGAACCACGCUGGAAGUGGUACGGCGAGUGGAAGCACUGCUGGCAACAAGCAGCAACAACAGCAGCAACGGUUUGAAAAUAACAUUUCGAGUAGUUUCGCUAAUCGUAAUACGGCUUCCGCUCCGCCAAAUUCGAGUUCCAACAACAAUCACCGUGGGAAUCAGCAGCAAAUGGGACACUAUGGAGGUGGACCACAGCAGAACCAGAAACAAUCGGAUUACCAUGGUUCUGGCAACGGGCGUUACCGGGGCGGAAAUGAUCCAACCAGCUCUUCGGUCGGCAAUCAUAAUAGCGGAUCGAGUAAUACGGGCGGUCAUGGCGCUGGACCCCGUGGCGGUGGUGGCGGAUCGUCCCGAGGUGGCGAUUCCAGGUAUAAUCAGCAGCAUUCUUCUGCCACGUCCAGUGGAUACAAUUCCUCCCAGCAACGCCAGGAUAGUUACAACAACAAUACCAACAACAGCAACGGUACCGGGAAUGCAGGCUCUGGUGGAAAGUACGGCAAAGGGCAGUCAACGAAUUCUGCCGCUGGCUAUAACAACAAUUACGCCGGUCCUGACGGUGGUAGUGGUCGUAGCCAUCAUGGGCAAUCACAGACGUCGCACACACAGGAAAGCCAGCAAGGCCACCGAGGAGGCAAAGGUGGUGGUGGUAACGCACCAACAACUUCGCAUUUCGCUUCGGCCAAGCAGUCCAACUAUCCACCACAACAGCAGCAGCAGCAACAGGCAGGUUCUGUGUUGCCCCAUGACGCUAGUGGAAACAAUAUGAGCACUGCCACAGGCUUCCACGGACCUCAUGCAACCCAGAAGAGUGAUGGUGGUGGCGGCAAUAAUAACUACGGAAGUGGCAACAAUACAAGCAAGAGCUCUAACCGCGAUAAAUCGGGACGCUACGGGGCAAAAGAUGAAUCUCAAAGGUACGGUAGUGGGCCUGGACCAGCCAAUGCUCCAGCAGGAACGAACUCAUUGAAAAAGGGAAGCUCAAGGGCCAACAGUGGCACGCAACCUCCGUCUGCACAUGGUGGGCCACCUCCAUUCGGUGGUAACAAGCAACAGCAACAGCAGCACACGAGUGGCAAGGUCAAUCAACUAACCGAUGAUGUCGCCAACCUGGCCAUCUCGUCCAGUAAACCGUCCGGUCCGUCGCCGUUUUCGACCAGCAACAGUAACAAUGGACCGUCCGGUUCUUCUGGGCCCAACAAGCCUACAAACGCACCGCAGAAAUCGAUGACGGCAACACAUCCACCGGGCAGUAUGGUAUCGCAUGGACCCCCACCAAUCGCAGCAUCACCAUCACCUGUUCCGGCACCGGGCAUAACACCACCCGGUAUUCCAACAGUUGCUAGCGGAUCGGCCACCAGUGGUGUUGGUGGUGGUCUACCCAAGGGUUUCAUUCACCUGCCGAAUGGCUACAAUUACAAUCCGUACCAAAUUGUCGGUUUCCAGAACAAACAAUCGAACGAGUUCGCCCUGAAUGUGCUCAAGAGCCAACAGCAACAGCAGCAACAACAACAGCAGCAGCAGCAGCCCCAACACUCGCAGCAUCACCAGCACCAACAGCAGCACCCUCAACACCCACAGCCUCAACAAUCACCUUUCGAUCCGAUGCAACAGCAGCAUCUCGCAGCUCCACCGGUGCCCCCGGGUGCGGUUUCACCGGUAUUGCCGGCUGUACCGCUGGGAACAGCUGGCGGCCCAGUGGCUCCCGGUGCCGGUGUUAUACCGACGGCAAUUCUACAACCAACGGCACCAACCGGCCCAGUAGGUCCACCAAUGGCACCCAUGACGGUCACAUCAGUGCCAGCUGCGGUAAUGGCACCAAUGCAUACGAACUGGAAGAUUGGAGAUCAUUGCAUGGCCAAAUAUUGGGAGGAUGGUGGGUACUACACCGCGGAAAUCACAAACACCUCGAAGAAUACGUUCGUGGUUCACUUUCUGGAGUAUGGUAAUUACGAGGAGGUGCUAAAGACGGACUGUAUUCCUAUUACGCAAGCUCCGCCAGCUGCGGUCAGCGCUGCACCGAUGGCUCUCGGUUAUCAUACUGCACCGGCACCACAUCUGGCACCACCACAAUCGGCUCCUGUACCGGGCCCACCGAUACAGUAUGCUCCGCAACCACCGCCACCCCAUCCGCAUCAUCACGGUCACGGCGCUGCACCGCCGCCACCAAUAGCAUCCCAUCACGCACCACCGAUGGCAGCGGCUGGCGGUCCGGCGGGAGCAUUCGUUACCACUCCCCUGCAGGAUUCACGCCAAAUGGCGUACAACAUGGGACAUCAUCCACCACCGAACGCUUCGCCGGCACCGCAGCCACCGAUACCAAUGGCACAAGGUCAGGCUUCGGCAGGCCCGGCUCCAAUCAAUCAGUAUCAACCGAAUCCCCAACAUCAUAUUCAUCACUCCCAGCAGCAGCAGCAGCAGCAGCACCAACAGCCGCCGCCGCCGCCACACUCGCACUCACAGCACCAGCAGCAAAACAUGCACCACCAUUCCCAGCAGCACAUGUCCCAACAGCAUCAUCACCACCAAGCGCAGAUGGUAGGACACGGCGGAGGACAACACCAGCACCAGCAGCAGCGUGGUGGGACCAAGUUCCGAGAGCAACGUCCAAUGUACGUUCCACCGGCACAGCGCAAAUAGACGCUUAACCAAUUUCCUUCCAAUCCCCCACCAACCACCUCCCCCCCACCCCACCCCCCCCUCUUCGAUGCCUUAGGUCAGAUCUGUAUUCUUACGCCGUAUUCACAAACUCAAUGCCGUUUGCUCCGUGCAGUUAUCCGUCACCAGCAACCACUUCCUACCCCUUUGCCUAAUCGCUAAUUACCGAUGGUUCGACGAUGCGAGUGACCUUUGUUUUCCUAUUUCUCCUAGUUUGUACUCUAAUCCGUAUAAUAAUAAUAAUCCGCUCGUCAGGAGGUUAAAAAUAAAAUUUAACAAAAAAAAUAGAGAAGAUUUUUGUUCCCUAAAAGAAGAGCCACACUGCCACACUGCCAUAGCAUGACUGGCGACACGGCGAGUUAGGGACUGCGAUCUCGGCCCUCUCCUUAGCUCUUCUUCUCUCUCCGGGCCGGUGCCUUUAUCAUUCAACAAGGAGAACCGGAUACCGGUGCUGAAGUCUGGAGGCAGCGAUUAGCAUUCUGCGGACUGUGGACUUGUCGGGAAACUGUUUUCCUUCUGCCGCGAAGCCACAACCGAGAGCACUGAAAAAACUCGUUAUCGGGACUCUUUAUAAUCGUUCAAAGCGUAAUACUAGAAUGGUACCCCGUUCUUCGAGUGUCGAAAGAUGGUACGGUUUGCGAAGCAACACACCACCAUGCCUUGCAUUAUGUGGGUGUGAUUGUGUGUUGUGUGUGUGUGUAUGUGUGUGGAUAGAAUUCACUUCAUUCUCAAAUUGAUGAAU